CCGCAGCCGAGGAGAAGGAAUCCCAGAGCAGCCAUCCAUCCAUACUCGAUCGCACGCAGCAACCGCCUCCACCAUCUCCCGCGAAUCGCGGACUAGGGUUUAGGGUUCCGGCCAGCGAUGUCGACGGCGAGGCGCCCUUACAACAACCGCCGCCCCAGCGGCGGCGGCCCUCUGCCACAGCCCAACAACAACAUCAACAACAACGGGCCCCGUCCCGCCCCGGCCGCCGCCGCCGUCCCCGCGGAGCCGGCCAAGCCAGGGCAGCUGCGCAAGCCCGUCUUCACCACCGUCGACCAGCUCCUGCCGCAGACGCAGGGCCACACCCUCACGGCCCGCGUCGUCUCCGCCCGCACCGUCCUCGACAAGGGCCCCGCCGCCCCCUCCCACCUCCGCCGCACCCGCGUCGCCGAGUGCCUCGUCGGCGACCACACCGGCUCCGUCCUCUUCACCGCCCGCAACAACCAGAUUGAGAUGUUAAAGCCAGGCAACACGGUGAUCUUCCGCAACGCCAGGAUCGACAUGUUCAAGGGUACGAUGAGGCUGGCGGUGGACAAGUGGGGCCGGAUCGAGGUGAUUGAGGAUCCCAUAGGCUUCAAGGUGAACGAGGACAACAACGUGUCGAAGGUGGAGUACGAGCUGGUGGACGUGUCGGACAAGCAUGACUGAGAGCCCCAUGGCUCUUGGGGUCGACUCUAUCUGGCCGUGGACAUAGAUUUUGAGGCAGUGUAGGGUUGCUUGCUCUAUUAUUAUGCUCGCUAGUAGUUUCCGUUUGAUGUGCAGAAGAAGAAGGUCCAGUUCGUGUGACUGCCGAAGGUCUCUUUUGGGUUUAUGAUGCCUGGACAGUAGCGUGUGUUUAUGUUGGUUGUGGCAUGCAAUUUGGCCAGCCUAAGUGGAGACUUUGCUUGUUAAUUAAGCUGUUGGUUGGUAUGAAGUUGGAUGCUAUGAAUCUGCUCUCCUCACUCAGUCAGCAGUACUA